AUGCUAAUAGUUGCUAGUCACUAUGUCUUUAUUAAAGAUGAGUUUAUCGUUGAUGGCGGAAAUCGCGAAGAAUGUGAAAUUUUGAAAUUAAAUACACCAUUAAAGGAUUCACUUUCAAUUACGUAUAAAAAGAAUACAUUAAGAUUGAAAACAAUAUAUUCAAUAGAUGCACGACAUUUUUUUAUCACCAUUCAAAUUGGUAAGGAUAAAUUCAAUGAUUUUAUUCCGGUCGCCAGUUAUAUAAAUGAGAAAAAACUAAUGAACGAACAGGUAUUAAUUCAACGAAUUGAUGACGUUUUGCAUCGUAGCAUUAGUGAUCAUACUAAACAAAUUACUGGUCGUCAAGGUGCUGCUCAAGAUGAUAAACGUCAUUAG